ACAUUUUUCAUUGCCGUAGGGUUGCCCAUCCUGCGCAACUGUCGACACAUUCUUUUUCCGGCGAGAUCCUCAGGUGGACGUAUCGUAGUUUUUAUAAUUUUAGCCGUAAAAUUUUCUCCAUCUUCCUAAAAUGAAAAUCUGGAAGGAUAUUUUCACUGGUGACGAGAUGUUCUCGGACACAUACAAGGUGAAACUGGUCGAUGAUGUUAUGUACGAAGUGUAUGGCAAACAUGUGUCGCGUGUCCUUAAUGAUGUCCAGCUGGACGGUGCCAAUCCGUCCGCCGAAGAGGCAGAAGAAGGCACGGAUGCUGCUACCGAGUCCGGCGUGGACGUAGUACUGAAUCAUCGGUUGGUCGAAACAGGAUUCGCCGAUAAGAAACAAUUCACCACCUACCUGAAGGAUUACAUGAAGAAACUGGUUGCCCGGCUAGAGGAGAAAAAUCCCAGCGAAGUGGAAGUGUUCAAGACCAACAUUAACAAAGUGAUGAAGGAUCUGCUCGGUCGUUUCAAGGAUCUGCAAUUUUUCACCGGAGAAUCGAUGGACUGCGAGGGACUGAUCGCUAUGCUCGAGUACCGUGACAUCGAUGGUGAAAGUACACCAAUUCUGCUUUGCUUUAAGCACGGCUUGGAGGAGGAGAAGUUCUAGACUAAAUUGCACGCAAUCAGCUACUAGGCCCUAUUUUUUGAUUUUUUACGAAUUCUCUCAGACCCCUGCUAUGUUUUAUUUAUUUACGACUAUCACAGAACGUUUUCUAAUAUUUUGUCGGCUAAACUUCAAUCAGAAGGAAAACCACAAUCCUGUGACGAGUGACGACCAGUCUCCUAUAGCGAUAAUACAAUUCCAAUAGAGCGAAGACUUGUUACAAUCUUUCUGUAUCAAACCGUUUGUCAAAUAGUUGCAUUAGUUGAACCGGAAAGCAAAAUCAUUUGGAGUCGAUCACGGAAGGCAGAAUUAGGCCGUUGUUUCAGAAUGGGAAGCAGAGACUGCGUUUUCCUACUAGUUAUGCAUUUGUCUAUAGCAAACGGAAUAUUGUUGACCAUCAAUACUCGUGACAGAGCGGCAGUUUUAUAGUUAAGUUCAAUCACUUCGAGGAGGGUGACUGUUUGGAAGGUGGAGAAAAAUAGAAUUAUUUGUAAACUAACAUACGUCUUGAAAAAAAAAAUAAACCAUCGGUUGAGUGAUUGUAAGAAGAAUGUGAAAACUGAAAAAAAUAAAAUCAUGCGGAACAAACAACAGCUCGUUUCGUGGGUGUUGUAACAGGAA